AUGGAGAAUAUGAGGGGAUACUUCCACACCUACCGCGCGAACCGGGACUUGAAGCUGCUGUACAUCGACGGGAUGGCGGCGGGCAAGACGGACAUGGGCACGCUCGACACGCAGGACUUUCUGCUGCGCGGGGUGGUGGACCAGCCCAAGUUUGGCGAGUUUGAGCGCGCGGGGGACAUUUGCGCGCUCGUGAAGUCGUGGGGGCUGGACGGGGUGAUACGGAUGGAGAUUGGGUUCGAGAGCAUCUACUGCGACUUUACCGACGGGCUGGACCUGGUGAGCGUGCUGCGGCGGCCGUGGAGCGAGGAGUGGGUGUUGGUUGUGACGAACAGCUGGCUGAUGUACCCGCGAGAUGAGUACGACGUGGAGGUGAAGGAGAUGGUUGGGGACGCGAAGGAAAGGUGCGUGAGGCAGUAUCUUGCGCCCGCGGAGGUGGUGAGGAACGAGUGGACGGUCGAGGAUGGCCUCAUCCACACGGCUGUCGAGACCGUACUCGAGAGGAUCUGCGGGGAUCUCUACUCUGCUCGGGGAAUGUUAGUUGACGCUGCGCCGAAGCUUGCGGCUGCGUUCUCGGCGGAGGCCAUGAGCGAAGCCAUCGACGGGGCCGGGAGCGAGCUCGGAGAGGCGGUCGAGAGAGCGCGCGGGGUGAUGAAGGGGUUGAAGGAGUAUCUCAACUGGAGCGGGUGGAAGAAGUGCAGGCCUGGCUGUGCGGUGGACGAGGACUUCUUCGCGGAAUAUAUCAUGAUGCCGUUUAUGCACUCAGCUCAGCUUGUGCUUUAA